AUAUGAGAAGUCUCCAAAACACACAAACCGUAUACCAUACAUAGCAUCAUAUCAAUCUCUCUCUCUCCACCUCCACGCCUUCUGUAACAGAACAACAUAAGUCCAACUCUGUCUCAGACUCAAAGUGAAUCGGAACCGAAAUUCGACCCAAAGCAUCUUCAUUUAUGUCAUUAAUAAAACGACAAAACAUGAAGCAUCUUCAUUUAUAGGAAUCUAUGACAGUGUCACGGAUCCAAAUUCCUCAAUGUCAUAUAUUUGAGUUGAUGAUGCCAUCUCUGAUGUGGGCUUUUGUGACUGCAUCUGGAACAUGGUAAAUAAUGGAGAAAGCCAGAAAAGAAAGCCAGAAAGGAAAGCAAGGGAAUUGGGUUGUCAAAGGCUGAUUUAGUGUGGCAAGUGUAAGAUUUGUGUUUUGUAGUUUUUCAAUUGUCUUUAAUUGGAUCUCUUAUAAAUGACAUGUCAGCUUAGUGGUGAAGUCCAAGCAGAUCCUAGCACUGCUUGUUACAGCAGAGAAGUGAGUCCCUCUUCGCGUUGGAUUCGGUGGUCUUUCAUACACAAAUCACAACUAGCAAAUUCAGAAUCAAGCAAAGUUUUCAGCCAUGAGUGUGAGAUCAAGUUUCGUGGUUUUCUCGUUUUUCUUUUUGGUUACAAUAGCCUCAUCUAUUUCUCAAGCAGAAGCUCUUUCAAUUGGUGGUUUUGAACACCAUGAAAUUCCUGUUCCGGUAGUUGGCCCUGAGAGUGUGGCGUUUGACUGCAGCGGAGCAGCCUACGUCGGGGUUGCGGACGGGCGGAUUUUUAAAUGGCUUGGGAGGCAAUAUGGAUGGGCGGAGUUUGCCACAACCUCCACAUCUAGGCCAAGAGCAUUGUGCGACGGCUCCACCAACAAAGACAAUGAGCCAACUUGUGGGAGACCCCUCGGCCUCAAGUUCCACCCCACCACAUGCGAGCUUUACAUAGCCGAUGCCUAUUUCGGGCUCUUGAAGACAGGACCUAACGGCGGGGUAGCCCGACAACUUGCAACUUCAGCAGAAGGAAUCCCUUUUCAGUUUACAAAUUCUGUGGAUAUUAAUCCCGUAACUGGAAUGGUUUAUUUCACAGAUUCAAGCUCGGUUUAUCAAAGAAGGAAUUGGGAGUCGUCAUUCAACACCGGUGACAAAACUGGAAGACUAAUGAGAUAUAAUCCAAGUGCAAACCGCGUGGAAGUUUUGCUCCGUGGUUUGUCUUUUGCAAAUGGUGUAGCUGUGAGUCUCGAUGGUAAUUUCGUUCUAGUAACCCAAACAACAAGCAAAAACAUUCUAAGGUAUUGGGUUCGAGGACCAAGAGCUACUAAUUCAGGUGUAGGAGAACUUUUUGCACAAACACAAGGCUUCCCUGACAAUAUUAACAGAAACAUAAACGGAGAGUUUUGGGUUGCAGAGAAUAGUAAUGGAAGAGGUAAAGCAGCCAAGUUCGAUGCCUACGGGAACUUCAUGGAAGCCUUGGAUGGGCUUAAUCCUAUUAGCCAUGCCCAAGAAUUUCAUCAUAAUCUUUGGAUAGGUUCGAUUGUCAACCCCUUUGUGGGCGUUGUUCGCAACAUUUAUUAAGUUUUUUUAUAUAUAUUUUUUUUUUUAUUAAGUGCUAGGGCUACUAUCCUUAUGUAUUUUUAUUAAAAUUUAUUAUGUAAUUUUCUCAUUAUUUUUUAUAUUUUUAUUAAUAAAAAUUAUUUUACAUACAAAUAAUGUAAGUGAUUCAAUACCUAUUAGAUGAUUUCAACAUUUGAUACUUGCCGUAAUUUUUUUAUAUUUUUGUUAACUAAAAGUGAAUAUAAUAUCUUCUAUUUGUUCAUUUUUAAUAUUUUAUUGAUGCAAGUAUUAUUAAUUUAUACUUUAUCAAUAAAAUAAAGCAAAUUAUCUGAUUGCUUGUGUUGAUUAAAGUCAUUAAACAACUCCAACAAUUUUGUG